AUGGGGAAUUCAUGCUGCACAAAUCAACCUCCAGAAACAGAUAAGCAGGUUGAGACAAAGCCAGAGGAUAUGAGCAAGUUAAUUUAAUAGGAGUCUAAGAACGAGGAAGAACCUUUAAAGUAAAUAACAUCAAUUCCUACUUUAUCUGUGUAGCCUUCGUUGUUUAUUUAGAUGAAGAGGGAAACCAUUUAUGGCACUUAUCAAGUGGGGAAGCUAUUGGGAGAAGGUGCGUAUGGGCAAGUUUCCAUAGUAACCCACAGAGUGACAGGGAUGCAAAGGGCAAUGAAGGCAAUUCGUAAGGACUGCUUAUUUGAGGAGGAGCAGGCGAAACUAUUUUCUGAGAUGACGAUUCUGAAAAACCUUGAUCAUCCACACAUAGUGAAUUUAUUCGAGCUAUUUGAGGAUGAUAAAUUUUAUUAUUUGAUAACAGAAUACUUACGUGGAGGGGAAUUGUUUGAUCGUAUUCAGAAGGCGAAAAAUUUCAGUGAAGCAGAUGCGGCUAGAUAUAUGAAGUAAGUGAUGUAGGCCGUGUGUUACUGUCAUUCAAAGAAUAUAGUUCAUAGGGAUUUGAAACCCGAGAAUAUUAUUUUCGCUUCCGAAGAUUAAUAUUCAAUCUUGAAAGUGAUUGAUUUUGGGACCUCAAGAAAAUUUGAGCAUAAUUAAAACAUGUCUAAGAGAUUGGGAACGCCUUAUUACAUAGCACCGGAAGUUCUCCAGAAGAAAUACAAUGAGAAAUGCGAUGUGUGGUCAUGUGGUGUCAUACUCUACAUUUUAUUGGCUGGAUACCCACCUUUUUAUGGGAGGAAUGAAACUGAGAUCUUUGAUAGAAUUUUAAAGGGCAAGAUCCCUUUUCAUACUACUGAAUGGAACAAGAUAUCUAAAGAAGCCAAGAAUCUGAUCUCGAAUAUGUUGUGUUUGGAUGUAGAAAAGAGGUAUUCUGCCUAAUAAGUGUUUGAUGAUCCUUGGUUACAACAAGGAUAAGGCGAAAAUUUGAUUGAUGAUAGUUUCCUUAAGAAUUUAACAGAAUUCAGUGCGAAGACUUUAUUGACUUUCAUGGCCAGCCAAAUGAUUCAACCAAAGGAGGUCGAAUAAAUACAAGAGUUAUUUAAACAAUUGGAUCGAAAUGGGGAUGGCAAAUUGUCGAAGGAUGAAUUAAUUACAGCAUUCUAAUAGAAAGUGUAAAGUGGUGAUCGGUUAAUCGAAAAUAUGGAAAUCAAGAUCAAUAAGAUUGUUACAGAGAUAGAUGUGAAUAUGUCUGGGUACAUUGAUUAUACUGAAUUCAUUGUGGCUUGUUUGAAAUAUGAAAAGUUAUUGACAAUCGAAAAAAUUAAAUAAACAUUCAAAAUAUUCGAUAUUGAUGGUGAUAAUUACAUUUCAAAAGAAGAGCUUCAACACAUAAUGGAAGGUGUGGAUGAUGACAUUUGGAAACAGUUCCUAGUAGAAUGUGAUCAAGAUAAUGAUGGUAAAAUAUCGGAAGAAGAGUUCAUCAAUCUUCUAUCAGAUAAAUUUUGA